UGGAGUUGUAUGGUUCUGACAUAGAGCCACCGCCCAGUUCAGUGAAUUUCAUAGAAAAUCCGCAAGAUCUCAAUGGAUCUAUGCAGGCUCAGGUGGAUGUUAACGUGGAUCUCGUAAGUCCAGACAGUGGGUUGGCUACCAUCAGAAGUAGCCGGUCUUCCAAGGAGAGCUCAGUUUUCCUCAGCGAUGAUAGCCCAGUGGCAGAAGGUGCUGGUCCUCACCACAGCCUCCUCCCGGGGUUUGAGUCCUAUAGCCCCAUUCCUGAAGGGGUGAUAGCAGAGGAGCAGAAGCCUCAGUCAGGAAACCACAGUGACCACUUUGACCUUUUCAACUUUGACCCAGCACCCAUAGUUACUGUACAGUCUCAGUCUUCUUCUCAUUCUGCAGACUAUUCCCCAGCAGAUGACUUCUUUCCCAACAGUGAUUCAUCAGAAGGACAGCCACCCACCGAGUCAAAAGAUCUUGAUGAGAUGCAUCUAUUAGGGAAUGACAUGGCUAAUUAUUCAGCAGGUUUGCUGAUGACAGCGGCUGAUGGAGACAGCCCAGUGGAAUUUGAUGGGGAAUAUAGCCAGAGGCAAGAAAGUCCCAGAGACCAUUCAGAAAAAUCUCCCGACCUGACCGAUUUUGAGGCAGAUGAGUCUCCUCCAACCGAAAGACCGCAAAGCAAGGUCGGAACCAGAAUUCCACCGACGCCAAUGAACAGUUUAGUAGAAAGCUCGCCGCUUGUUGACGGCCCACCCUCAUUCUUCCCAGAAGACGUGAUACAAAAGAUCAACGAAAUGGAUCCUACUAAGUCCCCUCAAACUCGCAUGAGGUGUGGCAGUUGGUGGGGGGGGUUUGAAGUGGACUCUAGAAAUGCCAUUUUGCAGAAUACAGAGGCCUGGAGUUCCAGCGAACAGGAAUCUGUCUUUCAGAGCCCCGAGUCAUGGAAGGAUCAUAAAGCAAUUCCACUUGACCGAAGGGCUUCUGAUUCUGUAUUCCAGCAGAAACCGUCAAGGCACCUUGAGUAUCCAAAGGCAGGCCCCUUGGAGCUUCAGCUUGCCCGACAGGGCUUCAAUCAGGCUGACACUCGGAAGCAAGGCGAGGAGGGAGGGGAACUCCAGGGACCCCCUACUGAGAAGUCCCAUUUGCCAAAGACCUCCCCUCGGGGGACAAACCAUCUGAUAGAAGAUUUUGCCGGUCUGUGGCAGUCCAGUCAACCUCCUGCAGUUGACCCGUGGGCGAGUCCCGAAGGAAACACCAGACCGACUAAUACAGAGCCUUUCAUCGUCUGGACCAAGUUUGGGAAAGAAGACAGCAAUAAAGCUCUGAAAAACGCAUGGAAUGCGCACCAGGCCGAGGCCGAUCUGCCUUCGGUGAGGGACCCUGAGGAAUGGGCAAUGGCCAAAAGUGGCUUUUCCUUUUCUUCCGACACCCCAGUGGACAACGCAUCUGGCAACCCAAGUAAUCAAGCCUCUCUGGAAGCCUGGGAUAGGAGGGAAGAUUGUUCAGAAGACGACCAGCUGGCAUUUGUAGAUCCUCAAAUGGCUCCAGAUAGUGUACAGAAGAAUUCCCAGUUGCCAAUGGAAAGACGGAACGUAUUCACCGACUUGAAACCCAGGGCAAAGUCAUUUGAAAAGGUAAGUACCUGGGACCUGUAUGAAGAAAACGUGAAGAAAGAAGUAGUAGAAACUCUGGAACCCUGGAACAAUUCCUUCUUAUCGUAUAGAUGCUCCGACUUCAGCACAUCAAAUGUGGGUGAAGAUUUAGUUGUCUCCCCACUGGAUACCAACUACUCUACAUCUGACUCCUACAUAUCACCCACUCUCGGAGGGGAUGAAAAGGAAAUUGAGGACAAGCACUUUGCCAAAGAGGCAGUCUUUGGUCUCAGAGAUGCUAGUCUGCAUCCAGGGGAGCCCAUGCUGAGCGAAGCUGAUGAGAGGUCUCAGGCGCUGCAGCAGUCAUCCUCUAGAAGCCGAAUUAGCUCUGGCUCAGGUAACCUUGAGAUGUGGACUGGGCUCCCACAGAAUGAUGCUCAUUCAGAAACAGUCAGUUCUGACAUCAUCCCUGCUCCAAAUUUGGACGAUCAAGGUGUAUUUAAGCCAGAACACUUGGAUCCUAAGUAUUUUUUGACUGAGGAUGAUGGUGGUGAAAGUAGCCAGUCCAGUUACGAUGACCCUGGAAUGAUGCAGAUGUACAAUGAGACAAACAGACAGCUGACUCUCUUGCAUAGUGGAACUAACACUUUGCAAGUGGCAUCUGAAAAUCUGGAUUUAUGGAAUAGAGUCAUCCUUGAGGACACCCAGUCAACUGCAACCAUUUCAGACAUGGACAAUGAUUUGGACUGGGAUGACAGUAAUGUGGGAAUGGAAGUUGUCGCUGAUGGGAAAACACAGGCUUAUCGAAAUGAAGUCUCAGAACCAGAAACCAGAUUUUCAGUGAGACAAGUAGAGCCGUGGAGCGUGGAGUGUCAAGAGGAUAACCAAGGUGGAUGGGAGCUCCAUUCAUCCUCUGCUACCUCUGAGCUAGGCAAGGAUGUUGCUCCCAGUGAAGUGAAAAUAUUGGAUGAGACAAGCAGACAGCUCACCUCUGGCAGUAUUUGGGAUGCAGCAUUGAAGGAUGAGAGCCUGCCAUCGUUAUCAUACCCCAACUCGUCAUGUGUUGCCAAUUUGGAAGAAAGCAAAUCAGCUCCUGAAACACCUGACUCAUUGGGCAAAGAUAGGGAGAGUGACAGCCCAGAGACACCAGAAGUCUUAGGAACCGAGCAACUGGAAAUAAUCAUCCCUCCUGCCCUUUUGACGAAUCCUGUAGGUCAGGAAAUGUGGAAAAGAACUUUUGAGGGCAAUACAGAAUCCUCUGCGUCAAGUCCAGAAAACGAAGAACACUCUGAACAUUCAGACACCUGGAAUGAUGGGGUUUAUAGACACAGUGAAAUUGACCAGGCAGAGCAGGAGAAUACAGAACAUAUUAACAAAAAAAAUGGAAGAGAAUGCCCUGCCUUGGACCCGGCGCCUCAGUCCAGUUCGGGAAGUUCAGAAAGAGAGGAAGGGGACCGUGAAGCGAAUUCUCCUAUUGCUGUUCAAAACCAAGGGACGUGGGAUGAAUUGGUUAAAAGUAGUUCUCCAUCCACUGCCUCUAGUCCUCGGGCAAAUGAAUUCUCAGAAGGUUUGGGAGAACUUCAUCAAGGCUUGUUUGACAAAACUCCCAUCAGUCUGGGAUCUUGUGACUUUGAAAUGGACACUUCCAGAAAGGAUUUGGAGAUAAAUGAUGCACAUGAAGAACCCGUCACAAAUCGAAGAGAGUCUUCUAAUGACACUGCUGGUUUAGACAUUAGUGAUGCAGCUCUACCAGGUCAUGUGGCAACUGAAAUGAAUCUUGAGAAAAAUGAAUCUUCUGAAGUUCAGGAGGCCAAAAAUAAAUUUGCAGAAGAAGAAUAUAUGCGCCGAACCCCUCCAGAAGAGGUUUCCCAAAUUCUAGACACACAUAAGAAUAUAUCAAUAGGAAGUAACCCACACUCCACUGGCCCUAGUCUUGAGGCUAAGGAGGUUCUUGAAAUUAAAAGUCCCAGAUAUAGCCCUUCAAGCAAUUCUCAAGUCAGAAGUAAUCGCGAUGGAGAUGAUGUAUGGAGUGGCUCAGCCAAAGAAUAUGCAAAUUCGAGUGCAUCGAGCCCUGACCUAAGUGACCAUUCUGCAGAUGUACACAGCUGGGAUCAUUCGCUUGAUACUGACCAUCAGGAAGAAAACCAAGAUGCCUGGAGUGGAUGGAGAAAUGAGAGAUCAGAAUCAGUGUCUCAUGAUGGGAAUGUUGAAGAGACUUCUGAAGAAGGACUCUUUGAGAAAAAAAGACUGGAAGAAUCGGAAGAGGGCUUCAGUCCCAAAGUUCCUGAAAAGGUGGAGGUUUGUGAUACACCUGAGAGUGACGACCAUCAGUUCUCCUUCUCAAGUUCUGAAGUAGAGGAAUGUUCCAAAAAGUCAUGUGCCCCUCAGGAAGGAAAUCCGUUGGUUUCCCAAGAAAGAAAUGAACAUAAAAUGCUUGAGCUCACCCAUCAUGAUGCAACGAGUUCGGGGACUGACGGUAGCUUGGACGGUGAAGACUCACUGGAAAAAGAGAGUAACAUGACCUCUUCCCAAGAAGACUCCCAAAAUGAUUCCAAAAUUUGGGAUCCAUUGGAUAAAAGCAACACACACUUGACCACAGCUAACCAUGAAGCUCAAGAAUCCUCUAAAUGUGUGGAUGACUGGGAAACAUACAAGGGUGAAGUCAAAGCCAGACCAUCACCUGAAAAUCAAAUCAAUUCCGAUAUUUGGAAUAUAUCUGCAUUGAAUGAUACUGUCACACAGACAACUGUAUCAGGACAAGAGGAAAGGAAUUCUCCAGUUAAUUCAGAAACAGAAAAGACCCCACCGCCAACCACACUGAGCAGCAAGGCCAAACGAAAGCAAAAGUCCAAAAUAGAAAUGCUUGGGUUUUCAGCUGACAACUCAGAGUGGUGGAACCCUCUGGCACAGAAAGAGAAGCCAGUGGCAGGGCAAUGUUCUGACUUGAAAAGGGACCUUUCUGUCAACCAAAAGCUUGAUCCAUGGGGCCUACCCAUUCAGAGUGAUCAUGAACCAAUAGAAACACGGUGCAUUGAUGCCUUUAGUGAUGAAAACAGAUCACCUUUCCAGUAUGAUAACGAGGAGUAUGACCAUGACAAACCAUCUUGGGACAUUCAACACAGCCAAGUGGUUUCAAAGAGCACACCGCUGGGUCAACCUAGAGCACUUGGCCAAAGUAAGGCAGAAGGGGAUUUAAAAGGGUACCAAUUUGCUUUGGCUUCCGGUGAUCAACACCUGUUAGGAAGCCAUCGUCGAGAGCAGCAUCAAGAUAAUGCGCCUCCUGACCUGGCUCAGCCAAACUUAACUCAGACUAAAGAGAAUACAGAAAUAGUACCAGACCCUUCAAGUUCAGAGGCCGAGAAAAUUCAUCUGUGGGAGCAAGAAGAAUCAGAUACCAGUGAAAACCAAGACUCAGACACUUCUUUAGCAAAGGAUUUCGUGGCAAUCAGUCCAUCUUCACAAUGGUUAAGAAAGCCAAGUCCGGGAUGGGAUGAGCUCACUCCUUCUGCCUCUCCCCGGAGCACAUUUGUUCCAGAUAUUCUCCCCAACAACUUUCAGGAAAGCAGAUGCAUCUCUAUGGUGCCUGAUCUCUGGACUGAUGUAGAGCAGCCUUGCAGUUGGAAAGCAGAGGGUGAGAAUCCUGAUCUGUUAACCAACUGUGAACAGGACAGCAAUUCCCAGGCCUCCAGUAGCCCCGAUGUGUGCCAGGAGCAGGAGUUGAAGCAAGACACCGAGCAGUCUCCCAGCACUGAGAAGGAGCCUGAUGGAGAAGCUGGUGAAUGUGGUCUCACCAAACCAGAUUUAGCAGAAGGCACUGAUUCCAUCCUUGGGCAUCAUGAACUGGAGAUGCACCUUGGAAAAAAGAUUCUACUUCUCCAGAACAAUGAGCCAGCCAUAGUCGAUAAGCUGGAUCGGGAAGUCUCUCCCCAAGCCCAACCACUUUCUGAACCAAGUAGAGAAAAAGAUGUGAAUUCAGUAGAAUCCCAAAAUGAAAUGGUCCCAGAAAUGAGGUUGGCUUUUGAACCUGUAGGAGCAGAUAGAGUGACUCCUGAAAGCUCAGGGGCUCUGCCUGUUCAUUCGAAUGGGGCAAGGAAUGCAGACAUCAUGGUUGCCACCCUCCAAGACGCACCUGCUGUUGCUGAGGACUAUCCUCAUGGACAGCUGGUCACUGGUGACUUGUUUCCCGCAAAUGCUGCCAACACUUCUCCUCAGCAAGACAGAAGUCAUGCAAGCCCCUCAACUGACUACAAACAAAACUCAACUACUCAGAAGACUGCAGGGAGAGUUGACCAACCGGAGACGCCAGACAUUUGUUUUGACAGGAUUGAGGCUGUUGAAGAACUAAACGUCAGUAACGCUUCAGGCCCUGACACUCCAUCUGAAUUCCUGUUUGUGACGAAUAAAUUCACCUGGGGGAGCGACCAAGAAACCUCAGGAGCAGGACGUCCAUCUAAACAGGACAGCAGUCCAUCUGAAGCUUCGCAGAGCGAUUCGGAAUACGGUGAAAUUGUUCGACAGGUUGACGAGGAGUCGAUUAAGAAACCUGAACGCUUUCACUAUGGCUCUGAUGUUCAGCCAGAGGAACCCUCUAAAGAGCAACAACUUGUGCUCUACACCCCACCCUUUGAUCUGUCAUCUCUCAUGGACACUUCUGACAGGACAAAAAGAACAGAGGACGAGGUAGCUGCGGUGGAACACUCUCCUGACAGUGAAGUGGCAGAGUUGCUGUUAUCUGCACCGCCUGCCAAGAAAGACACGGCGAGAGAGAGGGGACCCUCUCACCAGCUGUUCGCAGUGUGCUCUCGGGGAGAUCUCGCCCUGGCAGCUCAGUCUUUGGAUUCGGGAUCUAGUGUGGGGUCCUCCUGUGAAGGGUCCGAAGCGGAAAGCAGUAAAUCUGCUGCUCCAGCAGGUGGAGGCAUAGGACCGCAGGAUGAUAUUGAUCAGAUCGCCAUGGACUCAGAAGAAGCGGAAAGGGUUCUUGCUGAGGACCCUGAGCCAAAGGCACAAGAAAAGAACAAAGGCAUGUGGGUGAAUGAGAGCUACGAAGGUCAGAGCACGCUCCAGAUGGACUACAUACUAGUUACCAAUAAAGAGAGUAGCUCUGAAUACGAGAAUGUCCUUGAAACAAAAGCACGCGACACCGGAUUUAAAGGAGCUAAGCUUGGGUCAGAGCAAAUGUGGCUUUCAGAGAGCCCCCAAGAUGCAGUUCCGUCAACCUCCGUAAUAAAUGAAAGGAAUAGCCAAUCAGAGGAAAGUUCUUCCGUUGCGUGUCUCAGUCGGGGUGAGGAAAAGAGGUCACCAGAAAGCCCUGGGCAAGACCAGAGUUGGAUGGUCUUGGGCCAUGCUGAAGCGAACGAUACGUCACCUGAAGAAAGUUCCAGCCAGACAGAGACGGUCGAUUCAGGCUCUGGACAAUCUGUCAAGGUCACGGAAAUGGUUGAGGAUACACAGACUCAAGCUCUGAGAGAAAAAAGGCCUCAAGAAUCUGUGGGCCUGGAGGCAUCCUCUCGUCCAGGAAGCCUGGCAAGGAAGAAGCAGCCUGUGGAUGGAGAAGAGGCAGGAGCUCUUUCGGUGCAAGUGGUUUCCCAGGAGAACGAAUGGGAGAUGCUCUCCCCACAGCUUGCUGUAGGAGCCUCAGCCCCUGACAAGAACAUGGAAGAAGAGGUGAAGUUCCUUGGCAGUGACCGAAGAAAACUAAGCCCCCCGGGACCACUUCCAGAGGAUGUAGGAAUGGACAUCCCCUUUGAGGAGGGAGCACUCAGUCCCAAUUCUCCAGACAUCAGACCUGAGCCACCCAAUUCUCUGGAUCUGAAUGGCUCUCAUCCCCGGAAGAUAAAGCUCACGGCCCCAAAUAUCAACCUCUCUCUGGACCAGAGUGAAGGGUCUCUUCUCUCUGAUGAUAAUUUGGACACUCCAGAUGAACUUGACAUCAAUGUGGAUGACCUUGACACACCUGAUGAAGCUGAUUCCUUUGAGUACCCUGGACAUGAGGGACAAGUGGCCGUCCGGAAUGCCCGGGAGCCCCAGGAGAAAGAAUCUGUCAUUCCGGAGUACACUGCUGAGGAGGAGCGAGAAGACAACCGGCUGUGGAGGACAGUGGUGAUAGGAGAGCAGGAGCAGCGGAUUGAUAUGAAAGUAAUAGAACCCUACAAAAGAGUCAUUGCUCACGGAGGAGAUUCAGGAUACUAUGGGGACGGCCUCAAUGCCAUCAUUGUGUUUGCUGCAUGUUUUCUGCCAGACAGCAGUCGGGCCGAUUACAACUAUGUCAUGGAAAAUCUUUUCCUAUAUGUAAUUAGCACUUUGGAAUUGAUGGUAGCUGAAGACUACAUGAUCGUCUACUUGAAUGGAGCAACACCAAGAAGGAAGAUGCCUGGCUUAGGCUGGAUGAAAAAAUGUUACCAGAUGAUUGACAGACGCUUAAGGAAGAACUUGAAAUCAUUCAUCAUUGUUCACCCAUCUUGGUUCAUCAGAACGAUCCUUGCAGUGACUCGACCUUUUAUAAGCUCCAAAUUCAGCAGUAAGAUACAGUAUGUCAGCAGCUUGUCAGAACUCAGUGAGUUGAUCCCAAUGGAAUACGUCCCUAUCCCAGAGAGCAUCAUCAAGUAUGAUGAAGAGAGAUCUUAUAAGAGAAGCGUGAGACUGGAUGAAGAACUGAGAGAAGCAUCAGAAGCAGCUAAAACUAGCUGCCUUUCCAAUGAUCCAGAAAUGGCUUCUAUGGAGCAGGAUCUUGACAUGAAGCUGAAGGAAAAGCCAAAUUAGCAAAAACAUAAGAAGAGGGCUUUCUGAUCACGGUCCUGCUGCAACAUAUCCACCUGGAGGACAAGUGACUGCUUUUUUUUUUCAUUUUGCUCUUCUUAGUGCUAUUCUAGAUUUCUGAAAGAGGAAAAAAAGCUAAUUCUUUUCAUUUGCAGUAGCCCAUGCAAUUGUAUGUAUGUUCAAUUCAGUUUUGUUCCAGUUUUGCCAAUAAUGUUCCUCAUGUGCAAUUUAGUAAAACCCUUGCAAGAAAAUAAGAGUUCUGAGCUGAUGUAUUGCCUUAGAUAGUGAUCAUUUUGUUUCCUCUUAUCUAGUCAUAUUUUAAGAUUUAAGCAAGUUUGGUUUUGCCAAGUAGGGUGAGGUAGAUUCGUUUCCCCAGAUUAGUUCAGAUUUCCCUUGUAUGUACGGAAGCAUCUUAAGCCUACUUCUCGGGGUUCAUCUCAUGUUCAGAAUGUUGUCUUUUCACACGGCAUGUGCAAGUCCUUUCUUUCUCAAGUUGGGCCACUGCUUAGAAUACUGAAUGGGCCUCUUGGUCACAGAACUGAACUGCCUGCUUGCAAUCUAAAUGAGAUUCAUUGGAAGGGUUUUCCCAGAGAGAAGCUAGUUUCGCUAACAAAAUUAAUUUUAUUUUAAUAGUCAGUUCUGAUAUAUUUAUUUUUUUAAAUCUUUUUUAAAAACUGUUAAUCCUGCCCUGACUAAUGAAGAUCAUGACAUCAGUGGGAAACCUGAAAAGCAACAUCCAUAUUUUGACUAUGGCUCUCAUGUCAGUCUUUUGGCUGCAUCCUCCAUCCCAAAUGUUGGUGACUACAUCUCAAAAUAUUAACACUGAAGAAUUUUGAGAUUUAUAGCUACUAAAGAAAUCCUUUGAUGGCAUUUAGCUACCCAUCCUUCUGUCACAACACACCAUAAAAACGAAUCCACUUAACAGUUCCCUCAUUUGAUUUCAGAUUUAACAUUCAGCCCUAAUUUAUUAAAACAGCCCCUUUAUAAAAUCUCCAGAGUCAAUCUGAUUUCUAAUUGGUGUGAUUCUAGGAUGCAGGUGCUUGUUCAAAUAGAUAUCCAAACACAAAUGACUCCCAAUGGUAGAUAAAUGGUACCCAGAUUUUCUUCCACUUUUAAAAAUGGGGAGCAAGCUGAGGAUGUGUUCUUUAGAAUGCUCUGAAAGAGUAAAAUAUUCUGAUGUUUGGUGAAGGGAAAAAAGCCCAACCAUUAAAUUUCAUGAUGGUUCCCCAAAGGCACAGAUCUGGAUGAAUUAAUGUGGCUUGAAAUAAGGCAAUUCUGCUUGGCUGCUCGACUCUCCCCAGUUUUUCAGAUACUGUAUUUGUGGAAUUAAUAUGGAAACAAAGAGGUUACACUAAAAUAUAGCAGUGGCAAAAGAACCAAAAAGGAAUUCUGUUAUAUAUUUUCCUCUGGAGCAAUGGUUUGCAAACUCGGCUUGACACCCCUUAAAUUUCACAAAACCCCUUUGGAGUUUGUUACCUAAAUUUUCCCUUCCCUCAUACCCUAUAAUCAGACCCACUUUCCUAGUAUCUCCACACCCUUCCCUCUCCCAGCUACUUCUUCCCUCAAAAUAACUACCCACCAGGCCUUGCCCUUCAGAAAGUACCCUUCAAGACCCACCCUGGUACCUCCCACCCCCCGACCUUCUCCCACAUAAAAAAGAAACCACAGUCUGUGCCCUAGGGAAUUGGGGGAACCCUGCCCUAGAGAAUUGCUGCCUUUCAAGGCCACCACUCUUCAAUUUUGGGGACAACAUGCUGAGACUGCAGUGAUGAACAGCAUCAUGGCCCAAAUGAUCAGCCUCAAUGGUGAACGUGUCAGUAGGCAAAUGAGUUGCUAACCGACCAUUUUGUCUACCAACAGAUGAAACUGACACCUCACCCACACUGUGCCCUCAGUCUAUCCUGCCAAUUUGUGUAGACCUGCUGUGGCAUGACACGUUUCUUGGCUUUAUUGUCACUGUCAGUCUUCAGCGUCUUUCUACGUUAGUGAAUUUGUAUGAACUGUUCAAGUGGGUUGCAUGAGCAUUCAAACACUUAGGACCCUGCUCUUAUUAGCACACCCCCCUCCCCCACACACACACCGAAAAACAAAAGAGUAAGUGUAAUUAAUUGAGCUCAUCGGAAGAAAGGCAACUACAGAUAUCACAUCAAUAGAAAUAGGGGAAAAAAAAUCCUCGAAAAAUGUAAUGUUCAUAAGCUGGUCAGUCUUGCUCUGGCUCUGACUUUAGGGCAUUGCCUAGCACUUUAUUGGUAGUUCAAACCAGCUGGAGGUUGUUGGGCCAAUGGGAUUUCUAUUAAGGGAUGCUAGAAAAGCUCCUCACGUAAGUGAGCAAACAGAAGCCAGCUUCAUGGAACAGACAAAUGUCUGAUCAAUGUGAGAAAGCUUAUUUGAGGAUCACAGUCAGCAGAUGGGAGAAAAUGAAGGGGCUCUUGUGGGAGCCAAAUGAGUCUGCUGAUGAAAUACACUUUAAGGCUCAAUGGAAAAUCUAUCCACCUCAGCUCAUAGCCCAUAACUUUUAGAUAACUUCAAAUAUUUAGAUAUGGUAAUCGGUAUGCAAUUAACAUCAUAUCAAUGCCUAUCAAAUCCAAUAGUUCUAAUAGAAACAUUUAGAAUUGCACAAAUUUAAUCUUUUAUAUAAAGAUGGUUUUUUCUACCUUGUAUCAGGUUGUUCAGAAUCUAGCAUCAGAACUAUUAGGUUUUGUUUGGGAAAAAAUCUAUAGCAAUUCGUAUCUAUGCUGCCUAAAUUGUAUGGAUUAAGCAAUACAGGAAUAUGUAACAUCACUAUGUAUCACCUCUCUGUAUAAUUCAGAAAUAAAAGCUGCAGUCGAAUACUUCAA